CGUCCAGCGGUGUACCUCGGCGGGAGGCGGACGGACGACUUCCGGCAAUAAUUGGACGCUGCAGCUCGGUGAGGUUGGUGGCUGCCUCGUCGGAAAGGGACCAGCAGGAGAACUAUGCCAUUUCUGGGUCAGGACUGGAGAUCCCCUGGAUGGAGCUGGAUUAAAACUGAGGAUGGGUGGAAAAGAUGUGAUUCCUGUAGCCAAGAGCUCCGAAACGAGAGUAACCAGUACACCCUCAACCACAGCAUUAUCUUAAAUAAUGGCGAAGAAGAAAUAUUCAACAGCGAGUGUGAGUAUGCAGCCAAGAAGAGGAAGAAAGAGCAUUUCGGAAACAACACAGCCGCUCACAGUUUUUAUCGUGAGAAAUGGAUCUAUGUUCAUAAAGAAAGCACAAAAGAAAGGCAUGGCUACUGUACCCUGGGAGAAGCCUUCAACCGGCUAGACUUCUCAAGUGCAAUCCAGGAUAUCAGGAGGUUCACCUACGUGGUCAAACUGCUGCAGCUGAUUGCCAAGUCCCAGUUAACCUCCCUGAGCGGAGUGGCGCAGAAGAACUACUUCAACAUUUUGGAUAAGAUUGUCCAAAAGGUUCUUGAUGACCAUCAGAACCCUCGCCUCAUCAAAGACCUUCUCCAGGACUUGAGUUCUACCCUCUGCACCCUCGUCCGAGGGGUGGGGAAGUCAGUGUUAGUGGGAAACAUCAACAUUUGGGUCUGCCGCUUGGAAACUGUUCUCAACUGGCAGCAGCAGCUGCAGAAUCUUCAGAUGGCUAAGCAGGUGAACUCUGGCCUCACACUCAGUGACCUGCCCUUGCACAUGCUGAACAACAUCCUGUACCGUUUCUCAGACGGCUGGGAUAUUGUCACCCUGGGCCAGGUGACACCAACACUGUACAUGCUCAGUGAAGACAGGCGGCUGUGGAAGAAACUAUGUCAGUACCACUUUGCAGAGAAGCAGUUUUGUAGGCACUUGAUCCUUUCAGAGAAAGGUCACAUCGAGUGGAAGCUGAUGUACUUCACUCUGCAGAAGUACUACCCCACUAAAGAGCAGUAUGGGGACACCCUCCAUUUCUGUCGCCACUGCAGCAUUCUCUUCUGGAAGGACUACCAGCUUGCUUGGUUGUUGAAGGACUCGGGACACCCCUGCACCGCGGCUGACCCCGACAGCUGCUUCACGCCUGUGUCCCCUCAGCACUUCAUUGACCUCUUCAAGUUUUAAUGGUGCCCUCAGCUCUGGACCCUCUUCCACAGUUGUCCCUUGUGCUUUCUGUGUGUCUUGUAGUUGGUGUGAGUGUUCUGUGACACAAAUGACGGUCUGUGGCUGGCUGUGCCUGUGUGAGGACCCGGAAGACGCUCUGGCGGUCCUGUGGCACCGUGAGAGUGGAGACCACAAAGCCAUUUGUACUUCUUUCUUGAAACUCUUCCAAGCAAAUGCAUUUGCAGUUUUGUAUAUUUUUAAAUAUGGAUCAGAGAAAGUUGUGGAUAUUCAGCCCCACGUCCUGUGCUGAACUGACAUGCACAACGGGGUUACGCUCCUUAGUUGUCUGAUGAGUUUUCCGUCAUCUCGUAAUUGGGAUGAAGGGCAGAACAGUUGAACCUUGUAAAUACGUUAUGCAGAAUAUUUAUUUUUCUUAAAAUGUAUUUUCACAACCUCUGUGGCUGUGCCCAAAUGAUUCCUCACUGAACACAAGGUAAGCCGAGGAACUUGCUUGGCAUGCUGUCUCACUACAGUGGGUAGGUUUGGGAACCCCAUGCUGUGUUCCUGGGAACCCCUGCCUUGUGGCCAUCAUACAUCCAUACAUGGGAUGUGGGCUCCAAACCAGAACAGGGCCUCUGCCAAGGAGCUAGAAACAGCCUAGGGAGGCCUGAACGUGACAUGUAGGAGUUACUUUCACGAGUAAAGUAAUAAACCAUGUUUAUCUACUGAUUCAGCUUCGUCAAAUUUACAUCUAACUGAAUGGUGUUGUCUCUAAAAUAUUGCUGUUUUGUUUUAAAAAUAAUGCAUGUGCACUUUAAAAUUUUUGGAAAUAAAAGUAUAUGAAAGAAAAUGAAAUAGUUUUUCCCCAGAAGGUAACUGUGCUUGCUGAGAAGGAUACAUAGUGUUGCCCCCAGCAGGGGUGGCCACAGUGCAUUGCUGUGUACGUUCAUCUUCAAUUGAGUCGGGAGCCCAAAGCACUUUCCAAGGACAUUAAAAUUCAUAACUGCAUUUUUAUAGAUAUGGUUCAAAAUUUCCCUUUCCAGCCUCACACUGCCCCCAGCUGACAGCACAGCCCAGAACAACAUCUGUAGUUACCAGCUUAGCUGCUUUGACACGGUACCGACACCCCGCCAUCUCGUGCACACUAAAAUCGGCGUGUUUUAAAACCGUCAGCAUCCUGCCUGCCAUUCAUAACCAGAGAAUUCAGUACUGUCUGAGAACCUGGCUUCUAUCAACUUCACAGACCCAUGUGGAUGGAGCAGCGUUCACACAGCAGGUGGGCGCGGCCGGUUUUCUGUAAGCAGCAGCCACAGAACGCACCUUCUGCAUAGUUCUUGGAUGUGUUUCUUGUGGCCCUCUCUGUUUUCUUUGGGGACUUGGUCGUGUGUGUGUGUGUGUGUGU